AUGGGAGUAGGUAUAUACUCUAACCUAGAAAUCAUUUUUCAUAUUUGCUUCUUCUUUACCCGCCAGGUGACAGUGUGUAUUCAAAAUGAACACGUACAAGGGAGUCCAUUCACAGUGCAAGUCAUUCAAUCUGGUGGAAUGAUCCUCAAGUUUGGUAGAAAAGGAAGCAACAUGGGGGAAUUCAAUGGUAUUUUUGGGGUGGCCGUGGAUCCUGUGGAAGGAAGAAUAGUUGUAACAGACUGUCAUAAUCAUCGUGUUCAAGUAUUUAGUUCAGAUGGAAUGUUUCUCUUUCAUUUCGGUCGCAAAGGCGAGGGAAGCGGCGAGUUUCAAUGCCCAACUGGAGUUGCAAUUGAUGUUCGAGGACAGAUCAUCGUCUGUGAAAGACUCAGUUAUAGAUUACAGGUAGGGGCUGACACAUUGAAUGAUUAAUUAUUAUACUGGUAAAUAUGGAAAUCACGCACAUGGAUAUCACGCAGUUAUCUGCUGAGUUAUGUGUUGGUUGAGCCCACUGUAUGUAAUUUUAUAGCAAGCGGCAGUUUUAAAUACGCGAAUAAACACAAAUAGAAACAAGAAAAAGCAGCAUGAACGAACAGCGGUGAUUUUUUCGUAUAAAAGCUGAAAAAGCAGAACGUUCUGACAUCUUUAUCGGAACUUUAGUGAGUAAUGAGAUUUUCAAUAUUUUUAUGCUGUUAUGUGACAAUUUACGGCGUUUUCACUGCUUCCUUUGAGAACCAAACGUUGUUUUGUUCGAUAAAUCAUUGUUUGUCGAAAGAGCUAUUAAUGAAAAUACAAUGUAAGUGUUAUCAAUCUCGCCUUCAGCUCGAUUGAUAACACCUUGACCUUGAUAAUUAAGAAUUAUUGGAUGAGGCUGAGCAGGAUAUCAGAAUUAUUCAGACCGAGGUCAGCGUUAUCUGCCGAAGCGAAGCUGAGGCGGAUAAGGCUGACCGAGGUUUGAAUAAUUCUGAUAUCCUGCGUAUGCCGAAUUCAAUAAUUAUUUUAUUAUUCAGUAUCUUUAAAUUUUCAGAAUCUUUGUCUUGAACUAUUUCCCAAUUUGCUCUGUUGAAACCGAAGCAAAACGAGCAGAAGCAGCAGAAGCGAUUGUCAAAACAAAAUAAUUUUUUUUUUUUUUUUGCUCUUUUCCAGUUCAUGCAACAUACCGCUGCAAAAAUACGCGGGUACAUACAGAUACGAUAUUUAUUUGUCAUGUUCACAUGCAGAUACGAGAUUUAUUUGUCAUGUUCGUGUCUGCACCGCGAUACGGAAAAUUAUCUGUAGACUUUCAAGUUAUAAGAAUAGUAUUAUACGAGAAAAUAGGACAAUGAAUAAUAAUUCUGGAUAUCACAAAAACCCCAUCCAUUAACUGUUUAUUUUGAAUUUUCUGUGUCCAUGUAAUGUACUCAGGUGAAUAUGAUGCUUGUGAUGUUACUCCGAGUGUAUAUCCACACCGGGCAAGCUUGAAAAAUAUUCCUGGCCACGGUGGGAAUCAAUUGUUUAUUUUCUAUAAUUGCAGAAACCUCUGCAUCAGUACUGUUGUUACGAAUUUUUGCACCAAUCACUGUCGAGUAACAUUUUCAUGUAUACUAUCACAGCAGUAACCUAUCUUAUCUGGUUUCGUCAGUAGAUUUUGAAUGCCCCAUCUACAAUAAGGAGUUUGGCCGGAGCACUGAGUUUGAAAACGCAGAUCAUAAUGUAGAACAAGUAAAGAUAUCAUCGUCUCACUUCCUUAGGUAUUUUCUCGUGAUGGUUCAUUCCUACGUGAAUAUCGUAUACCAGAUCUUAAGGCUUCGACACUGGCUAUUGGAGAAGGAGAUCAAAUUGUGAUUGCUGACUCAGCGAAUCGCUGCGUUCACGUGGUGAACAUGGAGACAGGUCAGUAUUCAUCACAAAGGCACGAAAAUAUCGGUGACCUGCCAAGUGUUACUAUACGUACGCAAAAGUGUCCCAGAAAGGACUUUUUUCACUCAUCGACGAAACCAACUCGAAAGUUACCAAGUUACUUAUUAAAACAGACUGUCGAACAUUCAUUGAUUGAAAGAACUCGCAGUGAGCUUCCGAGUUGAUAUAAUUUGUGGACUCUUCACUCUAGAGCUGCCGUAAGAGACAGAUACUACAAUUAUUGACCCAGUGUAAGAACUGAAGGAAGUCGCUGUUUUAGUAGAAUGGAAUUGGAAACAAUGUAGCCAAUUUCCGACACUAGGGGGAUGGGGCAAUCGCCCCCUUCCAAUAAUACCUGAAAGCGUUUCAAUUGCACGAAUUGAAUCCGGACCAUAGAGGUGAAGAUUUAUGCGCCAGCCUUUUUACUAUACUUACACCCCACAAACGGCUUAUUUUUCUUACUUUUCAAAGGUCAUUCCAUCAAGUUUGGUUCAUUUGGGGACGAUACGGGAGAAUUGUCAUAUCCAUGUUAUGUAGCUGUGAAUGAUAGGGGUCACAUUAUUGUAUCAGAUAUGCAUAGUCAUAAGAUACAGGUAAUAUAUUAUCAUCCUUUGUUUGGACAUGCAGUGUUAUAUGAUUUAGCGUGGUAGACGUACUAUUAGACAGUCUGAGCAAGAGUACGAAGACUAAGGCAUACUUGACAAUUUUUGCCGCCUGCUCAUUAUCUUGCGCAUACUGAGUUGGACGUCACUGGUAGUUGCUCAACGUGUCUUCCCAUGUGUCGCUGUUUAUGAAUACUGACCAUAAUUCUUGCCCUGAUCCAGAAGGGAACAACGAGACAUGACACUAUAUCCUGUCUUUGUCCUUCUGCCUUCGUGCAGAACCAAGUUCACAACGAAUUUUGCCAAAAUAUUCGUUGUGAACGAAGGCAGAAGAACGAAGACGGGAUAUGGAUUCAUGUCUCGCUGUUUUAUCCUGAUCAGGGCAAGGAUUUGAGUCAGCAUUCACAAACAGCUAGACACGAAUCUCUAAUCUGUCUUCAUUCCUGACCCUAAACUCAGAAUGCGCAAGAUAAUGUGCAAGACAGGCAAAAAUUGUCAACCACGUCGUCGUCGUCCGGCUUCGUUCUCUUGCUCAAACUCUCUAUUUACAACAUGACCGGUGUGAUGUAUCGGAUAUACAUAUUCUUCAACAAUUUAAAAUGAAUGAUAUUUGGUGAGAAUUUUACUUAAAUCAGAUAUAAACUCUUUCACGGUCAUGGUUUCUCUUGUGAUUUCUUCAUUGAAUUAUUAAUGAGUUUCACAAAGACCUUCAUAGAUUGUACUAGCAUGCUUUUUUGGCAUUCAUAUUACGAAUCAGAAAUAUCCCAUCUUAAAAUUUCACCUUGGGUUAGAGAGUUCACAAUAGACUAUGUUUUCCCUUCUACCAGGUUUUCGAUUCCCGUGGUCAGUUUCUGUUCAAUUUUGGCAAGAAGGGAAGUUUGGAUGGCGAACUACUUCGACCAACCGGAGUUGCGGUGAGCAGAGAAGGACAUAUAAUUGUUGCGGAUAGAGACAAUCAUAGAAUACAAAUAUUUAGUGCUGAUGGAAAAUUCCUGCAUAAAUUUGGUUGGAAAGGUGACGGGGAUGGACAGCUAAAUGAUCCUCAUGGUUUGGGCAUUACUAGAGAUGGUAGUAUAGUUGUGGCGGACUUCAGAAAUAACCGAGUACAAGUGUUUGGCAGGGUUGCUUAGUCGAUCAGGUGGUUCAAGUGCAUGAUGCGUAAAGCACAUUGGCACAAAGAAAGCCUUCUUUUUUACUCAAAGGGUGAGGUUGCUUGCAAAGGCAUACUCAACGGAAAUUUUCCGGGAACAUUUCACUCAAAGCAGCUCGUAUUAAUGAGUAAUUUUGACGUUUGUUCUUGCACAAGAGCACCUAUAAUUGUAUAUAUAUUGUAGCUAACCAGCUUUCGUUUAGGCAUUACUCAUAAUGAAUGGAAUAUAGUUAUACACAAGCAAACAUAAUCAGUGGCAUAACUCCUUUUGGCGCCUCCUGGCUAAAGCCGGGAGUGGCCCAGGGUGCGAGAAAUCGCGUACUUAUGUGGCCAAGUAACACGUGGGUACGCAGAUAUCUUGCUCUUCCGUAUUUAUUUUUUGCCAGGUACCAUCUGACCUUUCCUAGACUAAGGUAUUCAAAACCGUAAUCAUUAGUUGUUAUAUUAUUUUGCGUACAGUAAGUCCCGGAUGAAAAAGUAUGAAAGCCGAUGUUUUUGAACAACUGUUGCACAAGUUCUCGGCAUAUUACCAGAAAAAUCGUUCUUUGCAAACGACUUUGUACUCCAUUUAUGAACGCCUAAAAUGAAAUAUAGCCAAAUUUUAGUGGGACUGUGAAACCUUGCACAUGCAGGAUCGGGGCGGCCUAUUGACAGUACAGGCUUGGAGCCUUAGCCGAAAGUUACGCCACGAAGCAACGAGUUACGAGACGAGAUUGGUUACACCAACUCGAACAGACUUGACCUCGUAGCUCAGUUGGUAGAGAGAAUUGGACUAGUAUCCCAAGAGAUUUCUUGACGUUUGAAACAAUUUUUGGAACUCAGCUGUGUAGUAGGCUAUUUUAGUACGUGUGGCGGCUGACUGGGCUGAGCUCUUUUACUAUUCCGUGAUUUGUGUUAAAACCGACUUAUCUGGACCAUUUUACCGGCAUUGAGUUAAUACGAUCAAGAAUGAUAAACUUUAUGUGUUUUACGAAAAUCAAACACGAUGGCAGAGAUUGCAUGCAACUACGAAUAUGUGCGUGAGAUUUCUUGUAAUGACGUCGGUGGUUCAGGCUAAAUCAAUACGACGUCUCAUUUAAGAUAUACAGAUAUUUGUAUAUAAUUAGAGCCCGUGGCAAAAUAUUACUUUGGGGUCCUCGUGAUUUAGAAAAGAGGACAUUAAAAGCAUUGGAUCUGUCAUACUUGACUACAAAAAUGCUUGAAUUCGUACGACAUUUCAGAGAUUUUCCACGAUUGACUUUAAAAUCUCCAUAGCGUCCUUAUUUCUUGGAUGCAUCUUCAACGCACUAGAAGAAAGAUUUUGUUUUAGUUCUGUGCAAGGAGGCUUGGAAAAUUAACGGUAAAAUUCCCUCACGUGGAGUUCCGUGGCUUGAAAAACACGGUUAUCUAUUCUCAUGAAGAACACGGUUAUCUAUUGUCAUGUAACAUAACGGCAUGGGUAACUAGGAUUUUUUUCCCAUAUUUCGAUUAAAAAUAUUUCUUACACGUACAUUUAUAACAUUAUGUUUAAAAGAUCCUCCCGCUCCCUUCAAGGUUAGUGUUUGUCCCUAAUUGCUAUCCCCUCUCCACACACAUGUAUACCGCGAUUCAUGCAUGUCAAACAAGUUGUAUGAAAAAUUGGGAUUUAUGAAGGCCGCGAGUUGAUUCAACCUUGGCUGAUGACCGCAAGGUUUAAAUACAAAAUUUGUGUGGAGAAACUAAAAUUCACGUACCUGAGGAUAUGAGGAAGAGCUUCUCGUGAAUGACCAAGAUUGUGGAGAACAUCGGCAUAGAGUAUCAGACUGACUGCAUGCGACGGCUAGACGGUAAAACAUUUAGUACAUGUGGGCGAACUGAUCUGAAAACCAGGGCGAUGCAUUUGAUUAGCGUUAAUUUAAAAACCUGAUAUUGCCUAUAUAUGGACCUCACAAUUAAUAGAAAGAAACUUUAAUUUAUAAAUGCUAAAGUUUAAUCUAGAUUAUACCAGUCAACGGAGAAUUUUGUGAGGACUGGAAAAAUCGUUAUUCGGUCGCCCUAGUUGCCGUUCUAGUCAGGCAUAUAGCGGCCAAAAUUGAAUGAAAACUCACAGGGGGCAAUUCCAUUUUGCCUCGAUCAUCUUGUGUCUUUAAGGCUGGUAAGUACAUUUCUGUAUGUUGGCAGCACUCAAAUUUCUUGUGGGCCCUGCCAUGUUUUUCUUCGAUUUUAAUUUCCUAUUAAACUUCUGUAUUGUUAAAAAUGUG